AGAGUUGUACACAGUACAGCGUUAGUGUUUGUGAUCCCGGGCCUGGUGACCCACUGGGACAUGUGCGCCAUCUAGUGGACCUCUUGUGCAUCUCAUUGACUGGACUUGUGAUAUUGUGUUUGUGUUGGCCUACUUAGCUAAGAUGAACCAGCUGUGUAAGGUGUGCGAUGAACCAGCGGCGGGUUUUCACUUUGGUGCAUUCACCUGUGAAGGUUGCAAGUCAUUUUUCGGGAGGUCGUACAACAACAUCAACUCCAUCACCCCGUGCAAGAACAGUGGCCGAUGUGUCAUCAACAAGAAGAGCAGGACGUCCUGCAAGGCAUGCAGACUCAAGAAGUGCAUCAACGUCGGCAUGUCCAAAGGAGGGUCACGCUACGGCAGGAGAUCCAACUGGUUCAAGAUCCACUGUCUGAUCGAGCAGGAGCAGAACGAAGCGAGGAGGAUGUCACUCGGGAACACGCCAACAUCCAGAGCCCACCCUUGGCAGAUGGAAAGUCCUUACGAGCAGUACAGACUCCAUCAGCAGAUAAGUCCCAAAGAAGAUUUGGGUUUUGAAGAGUACAAGAAUGCAGCUUCUCCGACCAUCAGCUCUCCUGAAUCUCACAACUCUGACUCUAGUGUUGAGAUUGGAGAGAGGGUCAAACCUUUCUCGUACUUCAAGCCCGACUCACCCAGUCUUAUCCCCAACCAUUACCUGCAGCCCUUCAGUAGCUUCGCAUCGCUACAAUCGAUGUUGCACAACUCACCAUUCCCUCCUCCUCUUUUCCCUCUGACAUCUCACUUCAUAUUCCCCAACGCCCCAGUGGUUCCCAAGCCAGAGGUCGCUCCUUCGAGUCCAGAAGUCAGGCACAAGCGACUCCACUUGGACGCGAUACUACGAUCUCAAAGAUCCCCGGAACCCGCCACCGUCCCCGACCACGACUUCCCCAUCGACCUCUCCGUCAGACCGUCCUCGCGGUCGUCCAGAGGGGCGGAGUCCUACCACAGCGAUGUCCACGAAGAGGACGAAGAGGAACACAUCACUGUGGACGGAGACGACUACAUAGAAGAGGAGACGAAACUACCAUCGACGAGUCCUCUGGACUUGACGACCAAAGUACAAUGAAAAGACUUGUAAAUAUUUAAGGUGUUUGUUUUUGUUAAAGCUGAAAUCAAAGUUGACGAUUUACCCACAGUUGAUGCAAUGAUCUCUUCGAAUGGCAUUUUAAGAUAAGUUGUUUGUUGUUUACUCAAGACCGUUUAUUUUGUUUUGUAUAUAGUGUAAUCGAUUUCCCACUACAAGAUAUUCCUGUAUUUGUUUUAUAUUUUAUUGAAAUAUUCAGCGUAUUUUAAAUUUUAUGAGCUACAGCUAGCAGAGUAUAUUAGUUCUAAAUUAUAUGUCUACCAGAUAAUACCAGAAAGAAUCGUCACUGACCUGUGAUGGAGUUUUUCUCUUGUUUUAUAAUCUAGAGUUUUUGCAUUAUUAUAAAGUUUUGUGUAUGACUUAAAAUUAAAUUAUACAAAUUUUAUCCAAGUUUUAAUCCCAUGGCAUUGAAUAUAAUUAUGUGUCCAAAAUCCAACAUAUUUCAACUAGUUGAAGAAAUCUAUUCACGCAAGUAUGACCAUUCCAAUAAACAAUCUCACUCAUAACUCCCCUGUAAAAUUCUUUACGACACGGUCCGGGUCCAAGAUGGGUUCCAUCUGAUCCCAAAUUCCAUCCACGGCUCGGGUCUGCCACCUAGCAUUGCGGUACAAAAGCCCAAAUCUGAAUUUAUGAAACUAUAACUUCCCAAACACAAGGGACCAAGGUUCGGUCCCGUCUGGUCCAGCAUACCGCUUUAGAUGCGGACCAUACGAUAAUUUCGAUCGAAUAAAUAUCGAACUGGAUAAACUAAUGGUGUGAAUAAAUCGGAUGGAAUUAUUGGCGUUGGGGAGAGAGAAACUCUGUUUUAUGGAGAGGUCCAUUGGUUAGCAUUCGAUCUGUUAUUCAAAUUAUCUCGGUGUUAAAUUUCAUUUCAAUGCUUGAAAAAGGAUUCAGAAUUAUGUUGGUACCCCUUGAAAAAUUUUUGAUUUACUUUUUUCCUUACAUUAUGAUUGGUAAACCUGUUGUUUCUAAUAACUGUCUAAAUCGAGAAAAGUUCGAAAACGUUAAUUCAUGGGUGUAGUGAUCGAAUGUAGUUUGAGUACAUUACUCGGAAAUGUGAAAAAAUAUUGUGAUAGGCAAAAUACAAAGUAUUCUUAUAUUUUUUAUGCGUUUAUACUUUUGCAGCCACUAAACCUGUUACUUUAGAUGAAGUGUUCGAUUUUACAAUUUAGAAUGAUCAAAUCAUGCUCAUUCGUGUUAGUUAUUGUUAUUCGUAUUAUCGAUAUGUAUAUAAUUGUUAUUUAAGCACCGCAAUAUGAAUCGAUUGUCAGAGCUACUUUUUCAGAGUGACCUUUUAAAUGUUUCUGGGCAUUUCUCUUAGCUUUAAUUGUCAUUGUAAUAUUUCCAAUUCUUAAUUCCAAUCUGUUGUACAAAACGAUAACAGAUCACUCUGAAAAACAUUGUGUGAGUUUUGUGUUUGGCAUUAUUGGGACUUAAUAGCCAGUACCACUAGUUAUGUAAUAUAUAAGUUGUGUAAAUACAAGGAUUUAUUGUAAAUAUGGAUAAAUA